UUGAGUGUAAAAGCUGGAAAGUUGCAUUCAGUUUGUCUAUAUUUGGAGUAUUGUGCACAGUUAAUGGAGGCAUUAGAGAGUGUGCAGAAGAGAUUUACAUGAUGUUGCCCAAAUUAGAGAGUAUUAGCUAUAAGGAUAGUUUGGACAGAAUCAGUGGCUGAGGGUGGGUGGCAAGUAUAUCAAAUUAUGAGAGGCAUUGGCAGGGUAGAUAGAUGGCGCUGUUUUCCCAAUGUGGACAUAUUGAAUACGAAUGGGUAUAGUUUGUGGUGAGAGGGGGAAAGUUCAAAGGAGAUUUACAAGGCAAGUUUAUUUUUUAACUGUGUGGAAGGUGCCUGGAAUGUGCCGCAGAAGUAGUGGGGGAAGCUGAUACAAUGGCAACAUUGAAGAGGUGUUUAGGCCCCUGUAUAAAGGCGAUCGAGGUCUGAUCCUCUGCCUCAUUCUCCAGGAUGUAAUAUGAUGGUCACUCACUGCUGGUUCCUUCUUCAGUCAAUAAAAGCCGAUAUCUCACCUUACAUCUCAGAGUGAGUUAUUGAUGGUGCAUCAAUUUUAUUGACUGAAAGUUUUAAAACAUGGAAACCAUUUUACGUCCGGAAAGGUUGGAUUUGGACCCUCAAGACCCUGAAGCAGCUCUUGCUUUUGAACACUGGCUUGCAUGCUUCCAAUCAUACUUGGCGGAGCUUUGUGCGACUGACCCUGCCGUUAUGUACAGAAUUCUCCUCUCGAGGGUCAUCCCAAAAGUUUAUUCCAUUAUCCGGGACCUGCCGACCUACGAAGGGGCACUGGACGCCCUCAAAAGACAGUACCUGCGGCCGGUGAACACCGUCUACGCAAGACAUCAUUUAGCUACCCGGCGACAGCAGCCUGGAGAAUCGAGCGCCGAGUUUCUCCGAGCACUACAGACACUCGUCCGAGCUUGCGACUGCAAGACGCUCACGGCAGAACAACAUGUGGAGCUGCUAGUGCGAGACGCCUUUGUGACGGGACUGAGGUCAGUGUAUGUGCGCCAGCGACUGCUGGAACACUCCGAUCUUACCUUACGCUCAGCGAUCGAGACGGCCAAUGCUCUGGAAGCUGCGCUGCACUAUGCCGACGCUGUCCAGUCGCGCGAUUCCCCGCCGGUUCCGUGGACGCCUCAGACCCCACCACCACCGGCUCCCGCGAGCGAAAUCGCCGCUGCCAGUCGCGAUUCCACGAGCUCCCCGAGCCCGACCACAGCGGCAGCCCGUCAGAAACCUGUGCUUUGUUAUUUUUGUGGCCAUAAAAAACACCCUCAAAAACGUUGCCCAGCGUGAGAAACGACCUGCUCCAGCUGCGGAAAGCAGGGCCAUUUCGCCGAGGUCUGUAAGUCUAAACUGCGAGCGGAGUGCAGCGCUGCGGGUGAAACGUGGGGGCCGCCAUCUUGCAUGCCCGGAUGUGGGCGGCCAUCUUUGUCAGCGUCAGUACGCCCCGCCCCUGACCCUCCGAUGCCUACCGGG